ACUAAAUGUACAGACCACUUGUCCGUUUUGCAAAAAUAAAUCUUAGGCUGAAUUAAAAGGGUAAAUAGUCGAAUUUGUGGAUUAGGAUAAUAUAUUAAAAUGACUUGUCAUACGAGCGCAUUUUUUGUACAAUAUCCAUGGGUAAAACUGUCAGUGUGACACUUUGACUACUGGGGGAAAGGAACCAUGGUCACUGUCUCCUCAGCUCAACCAUCUGCGCCAAAGUCAAUCUUCCCAAUGUCUCAGUGUACUUCUGAUUCUGAGUUCCUCACCAUCGGCUGCUUGGCAAGAGGUUUCUCACCUGCGGACUCGGUUACAUUCAAAUGGAAGAAUCAUGCUGACAAAGAGUUGAGUGAUUUCGUGCAGUAUCCGGCGUUCGGACGGGAGGGAGACUAUGCCAAAAUCAGCCAUAUGCGCGUGAGAAAAAGCGAAUGGGAUGCUCAGAAACCUUACAAAUGCGAAGCUUCAAACUCAAAAGGCACAGUAUAUUCUCGUGUUGCUCCAGCACCAAAACGUGUCAAUAAGCCUACUAUUGCUCUGCUGAGUAGAAAGGACGGUGACAGGACUGUGUUGGAGUGCCAGCUGAAUGAUUAUUUCCCAGACAAGCUUACUGUACAAUGGCUUGAGGGUGAUAGGUCUGCCAGUGGUCAAAUUGAUAAAAAGUUUCAGAACACCGAUAAAGGCGAGAAAACCUACACUUACAUAAGUCAGCUACCUAUCAGUGCACCAUAUGAAGACAAAAAGUACACUUGUAAAGCUACCUUCAACUCUGAAGAGUUCAAGAAAGAAUAUAAAACGUGCGAGGCACAGUCUUUGUUCAAACCUUCAGUCCAAAUAAAGAGAGACAUACAGCAGAGUACAGUCACAAUUUUCUGUGUUGUUGAAGCACCAGACAACACUAAAGUGUCAUGGUUGACAGACAAUGUAAGCAAAACAACCACCAAAGAAGCCAAAGACCCAUCCAAUAACAUUGUAAGCACUUUGACUUUAUCCAAAAAUGAGUGGUUGACUCUUAAGACCGUUGUUUGUAUCGCUAAACAUCCAUGUGUCCCAGAAGUGAGGAAUGAAAUCCCAGCUGGUUAUAUAAAGAAAGAUCCUGUAGUGGUGAUCAGGAGGACUUUGAUGAAAUCAGCACAGGCAGACAGUGCUGUGCUGGAGUGUGUUGUAAAUGAUCUUCCCUCUGGUGAGGUCUGCAUCAACUUCCAGGCCAAUAAUGUUGAUAUCUCAGAUUUAAGUUGUGUGGAUUGGGCCCCUUCUGAAAAUAUUUGGUACUUGACCAAACAUUUUACAAUACCUAGUGAGCACCAGAAGAAUGGAAAAGUUUUUACCUGUAAAGUUCAUAGGGACUUAAAAUCCUGGACAUCCCAGUCUACUGGAAGCAUAUUUGGUGAUGCUACCAUAGAGCUCUCUGUUAUUUCCAGUGUGGGUCAAUCUAGUUCAGACUCACAGAAGCUGCUGUGUUCAGUGACGGGAUUCGACCCAAAGAUCAAGUGGCUUUCACAAUUUAGGGAGAAAACUGGCAGAGAUCCAGACAUUACAGUGAUGGAAGAUGGACGUGUGAAAGCGUACAGUGAGAUACUGGUGCCACGGCAAGAGUGGAAUCAAGGGGUCACUUACACCUGUCAGGCUACUAGCAGACACAGUGGGAAAAAGGUUGAAAAAAGCACCAGUGUUUGCACAGCACCGUCUUUGUUUAAACCUUCAGUCCAAAUAAAGAGAGACAUACAGCAGAGUACGGUCACAAUUUCCUGUGUUGUUGAAGCACCAGACAACACUAAAGUGUCAUGGUUGACAGACAAUGUAAGUAAAACAACCACCAAAGAAGCCAAAGACCCAUCCAAUAACAUUGUGAGCACUUUGACUUUAUCCAAAAAUGAGUGGUUGACUCUUAAGACCGUUGUUUGUAUCGCUAAACAUCCAUGUGUCCCAGAAGUGAGGAAAGAAAUCCCAGCUGGUUAUAUAAAGAAAGAUCCUGUAGUGGUGAUCAGGAGGACUUUGAUGAAAUCAGCACAGGCAGACAGUGCUGUGCUGGAGUGUGUUGUAAAUGAUCUUCCCUCUGGUGAGGUCUGCAUCACCUUCCAGGCCAAUAAUGUUGAUAUCUCAGAUUUAAGUUGUGUGGAUUGGACCCCUUCUGAAAAUAUUUGGUACUUGACCAAACAUUUUACAAUACCUAGUGAGCACCAGAAGAAUGGAAAAGUUUUUACCUGUAAAGUUCAUAGGGACUUAAAAUCCUGGACAUCCAAAUAUACUGGAAACAUAUUUGCUGAUGCUACCAUAGAGCUCUCUGUUGUUCCCAGUGUGGGUCAAUCUAGUUCAGACUCACAGAAGCUGCUGUGUUCAGUGACGGGAUUUGACCCGAAGAUCAAGUGGCUUUCACAAUCUAGGGAGAAACCUGGCAGCGCUUCAGACGUUACAGUGAUGGAAGAUGGACGUGUGAAAGUGUACAGUGAGAUACUGGUGCCACAGCAAGAGUGGACUCAAGGGGUCACUUACACUUGUCAGGCUACUAGCAAACACAGUGGGAAAACUGUUGAGAAACACACCAGUGUUUGCACAGCACAGUCUUUGUUCAAACCUUCAGUGCAAAUAAAAAGAGCCCAUCUCAGAGAUAUUAUACAGGAGAGUAAGGUCACAGUUUCCUGUGUUGCUAAAGCAUCAGACAACACUAAAUUGUCAUGGUUGACAGACAAUGUAAGAAAACCAGCCACCAACGAAGUCAAAGACCCAUCCAAUAACAUUGUGAGCACUUUGACUUUGCCCAGAAAUGAGUGGUUGACUCUUAAGACCGUUGUUUGUAUCGCUAAACAUCCAUGUUUCCCAGAAGAGAGGGUUGAAAUUCCAGCUGGUUAUAUAAAGAAAGAUCCUGUAGUGGUGGUCAGGAGGACUUUGAUGAAAUCAGCACAGGCAGACAGUGCUGUGCUGGAGUGUGUUGUAAAUGAUCUUCCCUCUGGUGAGGUCUGCAUCAACUUCCAGGCCAAUAAUAUUGAUAUCUCAGAUUUAAGUUGUGUGGAUUGGGCCCCUUCUGAAAAUAUUUGGUACUUGACCAAACAUUUUACAAUACCUAGUCAGCACCAGAGGAAUGGAAGAGUCUUUACCUGUAAAGUUCAUAGGCUCUUCAAAUCCUGGACAUCCCAAUCUACUGGAAACAUAUUUGGUGAUGCUACCAUAGAGCUCUCUGUUAUUUCCAGUGUGGGUCAGUCUAGUUCAGACUCACAGAAGCUGCUGUGUUCAGUGACGGGAUUCGACCCGAAGAUCAAGUGGCUUUCACAAUCUAGGGAGAAACCUGGCAGAGCUUCAGACAUUACAGUGAUGGAAGAUGGACGUGUGAAAGUGUACAGUGAGAUACUGGUGCCACGGCAAGAGUGGAAUCAAGGGGUCACUUACACCUGUCAGGCUACUAGCAAACACAGUGGGAAAACUGUUGAGAAAAGCACCAGUGUUUGCACAGCACAGUCUUCGUUCAAACCUUCAGUGCAAAUAAAAAGAGCCCAUCUCAGAGACAUUAUACAGGAGAGUAAGGUCACAGUUUCCUGUGUUGUUGAAGCAUCAGACAACACUAAAUUGUCAUGGUUGACAGACAAUGUAAGAAAACCAGCCACCAGAGAAGUCAAAGACCCAUCCAAUAACAUUGUGAGCACUUUGACUUUGCCCAGAAAUGAGUGGUUGACUCUCAAGACCGUUGUUUGUAUCGCUACACAUCCAUGUUUCCCAGAAGUGAGGAAUGAAAUUCCAGCUGGUUAUAUAAAGAAAGAUCCUGUAGUGGUGAUCAGGAGGACUUUGAUGAAAUCAGCACAGGCAGACAGUGCUGUGCUGGAGUGUGUUGUAAAUGAUCUUCCCUCUGGUGAGGUCUGCAUCAACUUCCAGGCCAAUAAUGUUGAUAUCUCAGAUUUAAGUUGUGUGGAUUGGGCCCCUUCUGAAAAUAUUUGGUACUUGACCAAACAUUUUACAAUACCUAGUGAGCACAGGAAGAAUGGAAAAGUUUUUACAUGUAAAGUUCAUAGGCUCUUCAAAUCCUGGACAUCCAAAUCUACUGGAAACAUAUUUGGUGAUGCUACCAUAGAGCUCUCUGUUAUUUCCAGUGUGGGUCAAUCUAGUUCAGAUUCACAGAAGCUGCUGUGUUCAGUGACGGGAUUCGACCCAAAGAUCAAGUGGCUUUCACAAUCUAGGGAGAAACCUGGCAGCGCUUCAAACGUUACAGUGAUGGAAGAUGGACGUGUGAAAGUGUACAGUGAGAUACUGGUGCCACAGCAAGAGUGGACUCAAGGGGUCACUUACAUCUGUCAGGCUGAUAGCAGACACAGUGGGAAAACUGUUGAGAAAAGCACCAGUGUUUGCACAGCACAGUCAUUGUUGAAACCUUCAGUCCAAAUAAAGAGAUCCCAUCUCAGAGACAUUAUACAGGAGAGUAAGGUCACAAUUUCCUGUGUUGUUGAAGCACCAGACAACACUAAAGUGUCAUGGUUGACAGACAAUGUAAGCAAACCAGCCACCAAAGGAGACAAAGACCCAUCCAAUAACAUUGUGAGCACUUUGACUUUAUCCAAAGAUGAGUGGUUGACUCUUAAGACCGUUGUUUGUAUCGCUAAACAUCCAUGUUUCUCAGAAGACAGGGGUGAAAUUCCAGCUGGUUAUAUAAAGAAAGAUCCUGCAGUGGUUAUCAGGAGGACUUUGAUGAAAUCGGCACAGGCAGACAGUGCUGUGCUGGAGUGUGUUGUAAAUGGUCUUCCCUCUGGUGAGGUCUGCAUCACCUUCCAGGCCAAUAAUGUUGAUAUCUCAGAUUUAAGUUGUGUGGAUUGGACCCCUUCUGAAAAUAUUUGGUACUUGACCAAACAUUUUACAAUACCUAUUGAGCACCAGAAGAAUGGAAAAACCUUUACCUGUAAAGUUCAUAGACUCUUCAAAUCCUGGACAUCCCAAUCUACUGAAAACAUUUUUGCAAUACGUGUCAAUAAGCCUACUCUUGCUCUGCUGAGUAGAAAGGACGGUGACAGGAUUGUGUUGGAGUGCCAGUUGAAUGAGUAUUUCCCAGAUAAACUUACUGUACAAUGGCUUGAGGGUGAUAAAUCUGUCAAAGGUCAAAUUGAUAAAAAGUUUCAGAACACUGAUAAAGGCGAGAAAAACUACACUUAUAUAAGUCAGCUACCUAUCAGUGCCCCAUAUGAAGACAAAAAGUACACUUGUAAAGCCACCUUCAACUCUGAAGAAAUCAAGAAAGAAUAUAAAACGUGCGAGGCACAGUCUUUCUUCAAACCUUCCAUCCAAAUAAAGAGAGACAUUAUACAGCAGAGUAAGGUCACAAUUUCCUGUGUUGUUGAAGCACCAGACAACACUAAAGUGUCAUGGUUGACAGACGAUGUAAAAAAACCAGCCACCAAAGAAGUCAAAGACCCAUCCAAUAACAUUGUGAGCAACUUGACUUUAUCCAGAAAUGAGUGGUUGACUCUUAAGACCGUUAUUUGUAUCGCUAAACAUCCAUGUUUCCCAGAAGAGAGGGAUGAAAUUCCAGCUGGUUAUAUAAAGAAAGAUCCUGUAGUGGUGAUCAGGAGGACUUUGAUGAAAUCAGCACAGGCAGACAGUGCUGUGCUGGAGUGUGUUGUAAAUGAUCUUCCCUCUGGUGAGGUCUGCAUCACCUUCCAGGCCAAUAAUGUUGAUAUCUCAGAUUUAAGUUGUGUGGAUUGGGCCCCUUCAGAAAGUAUUUGGUACUUGACCAAACAUUUUACAAUACCUAGUGAGCACCAGAAGAAUGGAAACGUCUUUACCUGUAAAGUUCAUAGACUCUUCAAAUCCUGGACAUCCCAAUCUACUGGAAACAUGUUUGGUGAUGCUACCAUAGAGCUCUCUGUUAUUUCCAGUGUGGGUCAAUCUAGUUCAGACUCACAGAAGCUGCUGUGUUCAGUGACAGGAUUCGACCCGAAGAUCAAGUGGCUUUCACAAUCUAGGGAGAAAACUGGCAGCUCUUCAGACGCUACAGUGAUGGAAGAUGGACGUGUGAAAGUGUACAGUGAGAUACUGGUGCCACAGCAAGAGAGGACUCAAGGGGUCACUUACACCUGUCAGACUACUAGCAAACACAGUGGAAAAACUGUUGAGAAAAGCACCAGUGUUUGCACAGUACAGUCUUUGUUCAAACCUUCAGUCCAAAUAAAAAGAGCCCAUCUCAGAGACAUUAUACAGCAGAGUAAGGUCACAGUUUCCUGUGUUGUUGAAGCACCAGACAACACUAAAGUGUCAUGGUUGACAGACAAAGGAAGCAAAACAGCCACCAAAGAAGACAAAGACCAGCCCAAUAACAUUGUGAGCAACUUGACUUUAUCCAAAGAUGAGUGGUUGACUCUUAAGACCAUUGUUUGUAUCGCUAAACAUCCAUGUUUCCCAGAAGUGAGGAAUGAAAUCCCAGCUGGUUAUAUAAAGAAAGAUCCUGUAGUGGUGAUCAGGAGGACUUUGAUGAAAUCAGCACAGGCAGACAGUGCUGUGCUGGAGUGUGUUGUAAAUGAUCUUCCCUCUGGUGAGGUCUGCAUCAACUUCCAGGCCAAUAACAUUGAUAUCUCAGAUUUAAGUUGUGUGGAUUGGGCCCCUUCUGAAAAUAUUUGGUACUUGACCAAACAUUUUACAAUACCUAGUGAGCACCAGAAGAAUGGAAAAGUCUUUACCUGUAAAGUUCAAAGACUCUUUAAAUCCUGGACAUCCCAAUCUACUGGAUACAUAUUUGGUGAUGCUACCAUAGAGCUCUUUGUUGUUCCCAGUGUGGGUCAAUCUAGUUCAGACUCACAGAAGCUGCUGUGUUCAGUGACGGGAUUCGACCCAAAGAUCAAGUGGCUUUCACAUUCUAGGGAGAAAACUGGCAGUGCUUCAGCCAUUACAGUGAUGGAAGAUGGACGUGUGAAAGUGUACAGUGAGAUACUGGUGCCACGGCAAGACUGGACUCAAGGGGUCACUUACUCCUGUCAGACUACUAGCAGACACAGUGGGAGAACUGCUAAGAAAAGCACCAGUGUUUGCACAGCACAGUCUUUGUUCAAACCUUCAGUCCAAAUAAAAAGAGCCCAUCUCAGAGACAUUAUACAGGAGAGUAAGGUCACAGUUUCCUGUGUUGUUGAAGCACCAGACAACACUGAAGUGUCAUGGUUGACAGACAAUGUAAACAAAACAGCCACCGAAGAAGUCAAAGACCCAUCCAAUAACAUUGUGAGCACUUUGACUUUAUCCAAAGAUGAGUGGUUGAAUCUUAAGACCGUUGUUUGUAUCGCUACACAUCCAUGUUUCCCAGAAGAGAGGGAUGAAAUUCCAGCUGGUUAUAUAAAGAAAGAUCCUGUAGUGGUGAUCAGGAGGACUUUGAUGAAAUCAGCACAGGCAGACAGUGCUGUGCUGGAGUGUGUUGUAAAUGAUCUUCCCUCUGGUGAGGUCUGCAUCACCUUCCAGGCCAAUAAUAUUGAUAUCUCCGAUUUAAGUUGUGCGGAUUGGGCCCCUUCUGAAAAUAUUUGGUACUUGACCACACAUUUUACGAUACCUAGUGAGCACCAGAAGAAUGGAAAAGUCUUUACCUGUAAAGUUCAUAGACUCUUCAAAUCCUGGACAUCCAAAUCUACUGGAAACAUUUUUGCAUUAUUUGAGGAGGCUAUAUUUUUGAAUGAGAACAAACAUGAAGCCAUUGCACAGGAUACAGUUGAAGAGACGUGGAAUAUGGCCUGUGCCUUCCUUGCCCUCUUCCUUAUCUCUCUUAUCUAUGGGUGCACAGUGACUUUGGUCAAAGUGAAGCCUACAUAAGCAAUAUUUUUGUGUGUGUGUUUAUGUUUUCUGGAUUCUUUUGCUUCUUAGUCCUUCUUUCUUUCUUUCUUACCUUUUUAUGUCUUUUAGUUUACUUAUUUUUGCAAAAAUUAUAUGGUAAAUAUCUGCUUUUGGCCUUGUGAACAUUUGAAUAUGAAUAAAUAAACAAUCAUGACACUU